AUGAAAAUUGAACAAAAUAUCAAUAUCUUUCUUUUAACAUGGGCCGUUGUUUCAUUCACAUUUUUCAAUAUAAUUUUAGCACAAGAAACACAAGGAACGAUUAAAAAGGCAUUUGAUUUGAGUGAUAUUAAACUAGCUGUUAGUACUUCGGAAGCUGUUAGAAAACUAACCGAAAGUUUAACAUACCCUAAUUCACUUUCCACGCUUAUUCAAUUAAAUCAAGGAGAUGAUAUAAAAAUGAUAUUUACUAUAAGAGAUGAAAAGACACAAAAAGGAAUCCAACCUCACCAAGCCUUUUUAGUUUUAUCUUCUGAAAAUAACAAUAAGAUUCAAUUGCCUUUUAUUGUACAAGUUCGUGAAUCAGGGAAAGCUAGUGUUAAAUUGUCAAUACCAGAAGAAUUGUUUUCGUCACCAAGAAAGUAUCAUCUUGAUCUUAUAAUUGGAACUUUUUUUCACAACAAACCAAUUAAAUAUCAUAUUGGAACUGUCAAUCUUGAUUUAACAACUUCAUCAUCAGAGUAA